GUAAGAUUACCUAUGUUUAUCUGUUAAGGAGCCUGAAUGCUGUUCUCAUGUUGUGAUCGCACUUUCUAAAACAUAGCAGCCAUGCGUACACAGAUCUGUACAGCAUAUUUUGAGAGCUUUGGACAGUCCCUGUGGGGAUGCACAUUUCAGAAGUAAACUAAAGACAAUACAAGGAAAUAGGAAGCCCCCUGUGCAUAGCCCAGGUUCCACAAGUUUCCCAGAAAACUAAUGUGAAAGUCAAGCCGCAGAGCUUGUCUAAGUUCACAACUCUGGCCUGGAACAGCGCAUUUGGCCACCUGGGAACUGGAAAAGAUAGAUCCAAAGUGAUGGCUGAAGCAAUACCACUGCGAGAAAAGAAGCAGAAAACUCUACCUCGGUCUGAUGGGUGGGGUCUCAAUAACUUUGACGCUCUGGAUUUGUCUGGAGGCUUGAGGAUAGUCCUGGUGGGGAAGACUGGAUCAGGGAAGAGUGCAACAGGAAACACCAUCCUUGGGAGAGGUGCCUUCAAGGAGGACCCAAGCUCUGCAUCUGUGACCAAACACUGUGAGACAGAUAGUGGAGAAGUGGACGGGACUGUAGUCCAGGUGAUUGACACUCCAGGUCUGUUUGAUACAGGUAUCACAGAGGAAGACUUAAAAAUAAGAAUAGAGGAAUGCGUCAAGAUGUCGGUGCCCGGCCCUCACGCCUUCCUCCUGGUGAUCAGGCUUGGAGUGAGGUUCACAGAGGAGGAAAGAAAUGCUGUGAAGUGGAUCCAGGAUAACUUUGGAGACGAUGCCUCCAUGUACACUAUCAUGCUGUUUACGUGCAAAGAUCAGGCUAAAGCUGACAAUGCUCUGAAGGAGUGCAAGGAGCUACGGCGACUCUCAAUUACAUUUGGGCGCAGAUACCACGCCUUCAACAACAAUGACGCAGAUGACCGCGUACAGGUCACAGAGCUAAUCACCAUGAUCAAGGAAAUGGUGCAGGAUAACGGGGGGAAACACUACACUAAUGAGAUGUAUGAAAAAGCCCAGAGGAAGCUGAGAGAGGAGGAGGAGCGGAAGAAACAAGAGGAGGAAGAGAAGAAAGAGGAGGAGAAGAAAAUGUGGGCCGAAGAGAGGGAGAAGAAGGAGAAAGAGAAAGAAAAGGAGAAAAAGGUUAGAAAGAAGAACAUACGUGUGGCUUCGGCUGCUGCUGUUGUGUUGGUGUUUGCCGGCGUGGUUGUAGCAGUGGGAGCUAACAACACAGUGGCUCUGGCUCUAGGAGCUCCCCUGCUUGUCCUGGGAAUAUUGGGCGGUAUAGCUGCCAUCUGCAUAUGGAAGGGCACAAGAUGCAAACGUAACAGAUCUAUUCCUGUAUAACUUUGGCUAGUAACAAGGACAAGUUCAUCCGUCUGCAGUAGGUGACACUGGAAUAUACAGUAGACGUAUUCCAGAUACUGUAUUAGUAUUACACACAUUACUGUUUACUGUGUAGAACUAAUCACUGGAUGAUGUUGUUUUCUGGAUUCUGCUGCCAAAAUAAUAAAGUUUUGACACAA